AUGGGGCUAGAGUGGGGAGUCUGCCAAGCUAAUUUAGACAAUUAUGGCCAAGAAAGGCCAUACAUGUUAAGGUGGCAAAGCAUUACUAUAACACUGGUUGAGAAAGUGCAGAUGGUUGCUGUAAUCCUAGGAUCUCUGUUCUUAGUAGCAAGUGUGACUUGGCUUCUAUGGUCAGCCUUCAGCCCUUAUGCAGUAUGGCAAAGAAAGGACAUCCUUUUUCAAAUCUGCUAUGGAAUGUAUGGUUUUAUGGAUCUAGUAUGCAUAGGACUGAUAGUACAUGAAGGUGCAUCUGUUUAUCGAGUGUUUAAGCGCUGGAGGGCUGUGAAUCUGCACUGGGAUGUGUUAAAUUAUGAUAAAGCCACAGACAUAGAAGAGAGCAAUCGAGGAGAAUCCUCAACAGGAAGGACAUUGUGGUUACCACUGACUGCAUUUAGAAACAGAAGUUUAGUUCAUCCAACACAGUUAACCUCACCAAGAUUUCAGUGUGGCUAUGUAUUGUUACAUCUGUUCAACCGCAUGAGACCUCAGGAGGAUUCAUCAGAGGAUAAUGACUCUGGGGAAGUAGUGAUGAGAGUGACCUCAGUGUAAAGAUUAUGCUCACCGUGCUACACAGAUAAGGAUAAUGUACC